AUGGUUCUUCUUCUUCGGUCUUUAAGAGUCUCAGCAUGGAGACACUACGCCACUGUUAGCUCUUCUGGAGCAAAGAAGGUUUCAGAGACCAACAAGCUCGAACACACGCUGUCGAAAUUCUGGGACAAAGUCGGUCUUGCCGAGAAAGAUGACGGAUACCAUAUCCAGCUGGAUGGAAAGUCGAUAAAGACUCCGUUGGGAUUCCAGAUGUCUGUUCCAAAAUCUAAGCACAGUUUGGCUUACUUGUUGGCAAAUGAGUGGAAACACCUGCCAAACUUGCAAAUUAGACCGUACUUGGUCCCAUUGACGUCUCUCGUUUCCAGAUGCAUCGAUCUUGAAGAAUCUCACAGAUCCAAGGAUCCUGAACUCUUGGCCAAAGUCGGCGAUCUCGACAGCAUCAAGGAGAUGCUGCUCAGAUACCUGGACACAGACACUUUGCUGGUGUUUUCGCCGGCAGCCGACUGCGAGGGCAAGUUGAGAAAGGCACAGGAAGAGACAUACCGUCCAAUCAUCAAGUCCAUGGAAGAGUAUUUCCAGAAACACGCCCAGGCUGGCGAACCAAUCAAUCUCACCUACAUGGACUCGGACAUACAUGGGCUUGUUGGUAACAAGCAGCCAGAGGCCACCGUCAAGGCAGUCCGCAGCUGGCUGGACUCGCUGGACGUGUGGUCGAUCGUGUGUCUUGAGAGAGCCACAUUGACGGCCAAGUCGUUCCUGACUGGUGUGGCUAUUCUCAGACUCAACAACAAGGACGACUCGUUCGACGUGACCGUUGACGAGCUCGCCAGGGCAGCUACUUUGGAAACCAUCUUCCAAACUGAACAAUGGGGUGAGGUCGAAGACACCCACGAUGUGGACAAGGUGGACGUGCAAAGAAAUCUCAACAGUGCUUCGCUGAUCGUCUACAACCAUUAA